AUGUCCGCAGAUCAUUCGAGAGAUCCCUGUCCCAUAGUCAUCCUCAACGAUUUUGGUGGUGCGUUUGCCAUGGGUGCCAUCGGUGGGGUUGUGUGGCACGGUAUAAAAGGUUUCAGGAACUCGCCCAUGGGGGAGAGGCGGAUAGGCUCGUUGAACGCCAUCAAAGCGCGGGCGCCCGUGCUUGGGGGGAACUUCGGUGUUUGGGGUGGUCUGUUUUCCACUUUUGACUGCGGUGUGAAGGCUGUCCGGAAGAGAGAGGACCCAUGGAACGCGAUCAUCGCUGGUCUGUUCACGGGUGGUGCGCUCGCCAUCAGAGGUGGGUGGAAACAUACAAGAAACAGUGCUAUAACCUGUGGGUGUCUCUUGGGUGUGAUCGAGGGUGUCGGGCUGAUGUUCCAAAGGUAUGCCGCAUGGCAGGCCAAGCCAAUGGCACCACCACUGCCUGAAUCGCCACAACCUUUGCAAGCAUAA